AUGCAAGAGGAGUUCACGCGUGCUAUGAACGGCGAUGACCUUGAGGAUUCCUGUGGUUAUAACACAACUGUUGGGUCUGCUGUCCAGCUUAAUGCAGUUGCUUUGCCAACGUCAUCUCAACCUGUUUCCACUGAUUCCCCUCCAAAUACAUUGGCCAUCUCCGCCGAUCACAAUUCAUGGCAUUUGCAUCGAAACAUUGAAUUGUCAAAUGGAGUUGAAGGCAAUUGUGUGGGUGGUUUUCCCGUUGGCGGUGGUGAUGACGAUGAUAAUGGCAGCUUAUGUAGUCGACUUCAGCAAGUUUUGGACAGCCCUCUUAGUUGUCAUACAUCGUCGCCAUUAUUCAUAAAUGGAGCAGGCCCCCAUGCUCUUCAAGGUGGGGAAGCUAGUCUUAGUGGCUGUGGAAAUAUCUCUGCCAUAUCUUCUGGAGAGCAUUUGAGCCGCCUGAGUGUGACUCCAAAUGGCUCAUCGGUCAGUGUUUUGGCUGGAGUCGGUGAAACCAAUAUUACUGGAAAUGAUAUCGAUCUCUCAAUUGGUGUCACCGGGUAA